AUGGACAAUCCAUGGGGUGUUUUCAAGUUCCUUGCGCCGCAGCUGCCAUCGCUUGCGAACACGGCGAUGUGGCAUUCGUUGGGCAGGACGCCAACCUCAUCCAAAUGGGAUCUCAGGACCGAGCUCACGGUGUCGGUGCUCCGUAACAUGAUGACAGGGAAUCCCUCGAAACCGAAGCCGAUCAGCGCAAUCCAAGCGACAACUCUCAAAGAUCCGGGUGUCAAAGGACGGACUUGGGUGGCAACUGAGAAGAUUUCUGCGCCAAGUUCCGAUCAGGAGAGUGUUCGGCAGGCGGUGUUCAAGGCGAUAGACGAUAUGAAGCCAUCGGACGCCGACAGUCUGUCUGACACAAAGCCGGAUCUGGUCGACGUCGAGGUCGAAUGGACGGGAUACCGACCCGAUGCCGGCAAGGACGAAAGGCCACCCGACAUCCCAGAGGCGGAGAAGUACGAGCGAUUGAUGAGCGAGAAGACCAGGACGAGCGAAACGACAAUACUCUACUUCCACGGCGGUGCAUACUACCUCUGCGAUCCCUCAACACAUCGUUUGGCGUGUAGUAGACUCGCCAAAGAGAGCCGGGGGCGAGUGUGCAGUGUGCGAUACCGACUCGCACCGCAAACCGCCUUCCCCGGCCAGCUCCUCGAUGCUUUGCUCGUCUACUUGAGUCUGCUAUACCCGCCAGCAGACUCAAUGCACGAGGCCGUACCGGCUAGCAACAUCGUCUUCGGGGGUGAUAGCGCGGGUGGCAAUCUAACAUUUGCCUUGCUGCAACUCAUAUUGCAAAUCAACCGCUCCCCUAACAAUGCCACGGUCCGAUUCCAUGGUCAAGAUGUCGAGGUACCGCUACCCGCUGGAGCAUUUGCCAACUCAGGAUGGUUCGACAUCAGCCGCUCGAUGCCAUCGAUCGUUGAGAAUCUACAAUACGACUAUCUUCCAGAGCCGCAUGACGACGAUGCGAGCAAGCUGAUCACCAAAGACGCGAUCUGGCCUGCACAGCCGCCACGAGGUGACUUGUUCUGCGAUCUCAGCCUCCUGAACCAUCCCCUCGUCUCUCCCAUGGUGGCGGAGAGCUGGGCAAAUGCACCCCCGAUGUGGCUAUCUACGGGGCAGGAGUGCUUGCGAGACGAAAUCGCAGUCGUGGCGACCAGGGCAGCAUCCCAAGGCGUGAAGGUUGAUUUCGAAGAGUACGAGGCGAUGCCGCACGUCUUCUCUAUGCUCUUGACGUCUCUACCAACAGCAAGCAGUUGCAUGAAGAGCUGCGGCGACUUCUGUAGACGGUGUGUUGAAGAACCCGACACGGCGGAGACUCGAGGCACGUACAUCUACGCCAAAACAGGGGUAGAAGAGCCGAUUGCCCUGGACGAAAUCAGCAAGGUCGCUUUCGAAAGAGCUAGAACUUUGGCUAGAGAGGCGAGGGAGCGACGGAUGAAGGGUUUCGCAAGUACUCAAAGGUCCGCCACAUCGCGGUCGACUCUAUAG